GUGACGUACACCCGUUUAGUUCAGUUCAGUUACCACCUCCAUGCAAGUGGAGCAAAAAUGUUCAAUAAAAAGCCCCGGAGGAACUUUCGACAGAGAAAAGACAACUCCAGUGAUGAGGAGGAUGAGCAGAAGGACAGAGGAGAUGGCGAGAAAACUGAGAAAGCUCCAGCUGCGGUAAAUAAGCCGUCCAAGCUGGCCCCAGGCCGCGGCAUAACUUGCAGCUCCAAGCGGGAAGCGACGCCUCCAAAGCCGGGUAGCAGUGACGAAGAAGAAGGGGAGACGUUGGAGGUCACAGAAGAAAGAGAGUGGAGGAAUAAAGACAGAGAUGGGUUUAAGAAAAAAACAAAAAACGAAAUCCUCAGUUUCUCUGACGAUAAAGAAGUUGAGGAACCAACAUUUAAACUGAAGAAGUCCUCUGAUAAAGCUGUGGUGUUUCAAGUCAGAAAGAAGGAGGCUUCACCUGCCAAGACCAACCAAAGAACAGCCCCAGCAGGUGGGAGUGUCCCACGAUCUGCUUCUCCCAGGAAAGAAUAUGACAGUCGGGCUUCACCACGUCCUCUGCACCAUGAUGAUGAUGAUGACGACGACGAUGAUGAUGAUGACGACGACGAUGAUGACGACAAUGACCGUGACAGCGACAGCGAUGAAGUUGAUGCCAGGUCUCCCUCAGCUAGCUCAGCUUCAGACUCCAGUCGCUCCUCUGCUAAGCCAGUUAUUCCUAAUGCUAGAGCGAUAGAGGCAGCCCGGAGGCAGCGUCGUGCCUUUCAAACCCAGAAAGAAUACAUCUCCCUGAGAAGAGAUGGUCACAGCUCCGCUGGUAGCACCCCAGAUCACUACAGCAGGGAAGAUGAAGAAGACAGAGUGGAUGAUGAUGAUGAUGAACCAGAUGAUCAUGAGAGAAGAAUCGAAUUUGCCCCAAGAUUAAAGAGCAUUAGGGAGAGGAUUGCAGAGAAACUUGGAGAAAGUGAAGGCAGUUUCUCAGGAACUGAUGGAGAAGAGCAGGAACUUUGGGAAGAGACGCAAAUUGAGAAGGGAGUCAAGAGACGGCCAGGAGAACAGAGCCCAUCUGGCAGUGAAUCCAGCAGUUACAGCAGCAGCAGUCACCGCAGGCGAGACAGACAUGAACAAAAGAAGAGAUCAAAGAGGGUCAGAAUCCCAAAGACUCUUCCUCUCGUUACUGUCUCAAUGGUGAAAAAGAGGAUCACUGCAAAACUAGACUCUCUGAAGGAGGUGCACAGAGCACGACAGGCAGAGCUGAGGAGAAUGGAGGGCGAUGUUGAAAGCGCUUCAACCUCUGUGGACGCUCUGGAGGAAGGUUCCUCAGAGACCCAGCUGAAGUUUUACAGGGCAAUGACGCUCUAUGUCCACAACCUGGUAGAAUGUCAACGGGAGAAGGUUGUUGAGAUCAACUCGCUGGAACUGGAGUUGCACUCUCUGCUGUCGGAGCAGACGGAUGCACUGUUAGCACAGAGACGACAGAGGAUCAAGGAGCAGGCCGACCGCCUGCAGCAGCUCAGCUAUGGCUCAGCUGAGCAGAGUGGAAGCUCAACCAAUGGAACCAAAACUCAAGGCGAGGCAGACUCUGGUGUUAAAGCUGAAGAAGAUUUUGAUCUACCUGAGGACACACAGCUGUCAGCAGAAGAGGAGGAGCAGCUGCAGAAGAAGACGGCUGAUAUCCUGACGAGGUCCCAGGCUGUGUUUUCUGACGUGCAGGACGAGUUCUGCAACGUUAAGAACAUUCUCUCCCGGUUUGCAGAAUGGAGAGGGUCUUACUCUGACUCUUACCACAACGCCUACAUCUCUCUAUGUCUGCCCAAGCUGUUGAACCCCAUCAUAAGACAUCAGCUACUGGCGUGGAACCCACUAAAGGACACUAGUCAGGACUUUGAAAACCUCCCGUGGUUCACAGCAGUGGAGACCUUUUGUCAUGGUCAUGGCCACGAGGAGCUAGAGCACACCGACAGACAGACACUGUCUAAUGUCAUAGAAAAGACUGUCCUACCCAAAAUAACAGCUUAUGUGGAGCUGGUGUGGGACCCCAUGACCCGCCAUCAGUCAGUCUGUCUAUCUGAUGUGUGUCACAGACUGAAUGAGGACUAUUCCAUCUUCGAAGGAGAGCAGAGCAAACCAGUCAAGGCAUUCAAAGAGGCUGUGAUCAGACGACUGAGGAGCUGCGUAGAUGAAGAUGUUUUCAUCCCGCUGUACCCCAAAACGUUACUUGAAGACAAGUCAUCUCCUCAGUGUCUCUUCAGGGAUCAACAGUUCUUGGCUGCCAUCAAACUACUCGGUAACAUAGGAAAAUGGGAUUUGCUGCUUCCUGAGUCUGUAUUGAAGGAACUGAUGUUGGACAAACUGCUGAACCGAUACCUGAUGAUCACCGUGUGCAGUCAGACACUGUACAACAAUGCUGUCUCUGCAUGCAAAAAGAUAGCAGAUAGUCUGCCACUCUCUUGGUUCAAAGGAGAAAAUGCCUGUUUGCCUCAGCUCCAGAAUUUCAGAAACCACCUAGUUCAGGAAGUUCAUAACCUCUGCAAACAGAAGUGUCCUGAAGAUCCAAACACUAGGUCAUUGGUGGUAGAAGUGCUGCAGAUUUUGAGUAGAAUCAGAUGCAAUGACUCCAUCAUGGCGAUAGCAGAGAAAUACCACUAUGAAGAUGCCAUCUACUCUCACCAGCUCCUGAACCAAGAGACUGUAUGAACAGAAAACAUUGUGGAAUGAACGCUGGAUCAAACAGCAAACCUAGUACACUGUUAUUUGAAAGCAGCUGUCACAGGCGAGGAGAGGAACUCAGGGGGCUCUGCUUUGUGAACUAGAUCACUUACUGGAAAAUCCAUGAGGGCAAGAAUGUCCUCUUAUGGUGGAUAUCUACUGCUAGUCAGACCAGCACUUUGGCCAAAAUCCAGAAUACAAAUUAUUUGUUUAACAAGUGUGUGGGAAAAUAAUUCACUUUCCUGCAAUUUUUAGUCAUGAACUAUUUGCUGUCUGUUUUGUACAAAAAUAAAUGUGUAUUUUUAUUCAUUAAAUUUUUUGAAUUUU